UCUUUAUCUCCUUCCUUCUCCUCCACUAUAAAAACACACACAAACAUCCUUUUCUAACCUUAUCGCCACAAAAAAAAGUCAUCGUUCAACAACAGCAACAUUCACUGUCUAUCUUUGGUAGAUCUUGUCUUCAAACACACACCACCAUCAUCAGAUAGAUAGUCAUGGCUAGGUCUGGGGUUGAUGAGACAUCAGAAUCUGGAGCUUUUGUAAGAACAGCAUCAACAUUCCGUAGCUUUGUCUCACAAGAUCCUGCUUCUCUGUUCCCACCCGAAUCCGGAAGAUACCAUCUUUACAUUUCCUACGCUUGUCCAUGGGCUUGUAGAUGUCUCUCUUUCUUGAUGCUCAAAGGUCUUGACCAAGCUAUCACCUUCUCGUCGUGUCACACAAUUUGGGGAAGAACUAAAGAAACUGAUGACCAUAGAGGAUGGGUUUUCCCUGAUUCAGACACUGAGCUCCCUGGAGCUGGGCCUGAUUAUCUUAAUGGUGCCAAGACUGUGAGAGACCUCUAUGAGAUUGCUAGUCCCAACUAUGUGGGAAAGUACACUGUUCCUAUUCUGUGGGAUAAGAAGCUUAAGACUGUGGUUAACAAUGAGAGCUCAGAGAUAAUCAGGAUGCUCAACACUGAAUUCAACGGCGUUGCGAAAAACCCGUCGCUGGACCUUUAUCCUUCUCAUCUUAGAGAAGCAAUCGACGAGACUAAUGAAUGGGUUUUCAAUGGAAUAAACAAUGGUGUUUAUAGGUGUGGGUUUGCUAGGAAACAAGAACCUUACAAUGAGGCAGUGAACCAAGUGUUUGAAGCAGUAGAGAGAUGUGAGACAAUACUCGAAAAACAACGAUACAUCUGUGGAAACACUUUUACCGAAGCAGAUGUUCGGUUAUUCGUCACCCUUAUAAGAUUUGAUGAGGUUUACGCGGUUCACUUCAAAUGUAAUAAGAGACUCUUAAGAGAGUAUCCGAAUAUCUUCAACUACAUAAAAGAUGUAUACCAAAUCAAUGGAAUGAGCAGCACUGUGAAAAUGGAUCACAUCAAGCAACAUUACUACGGAAGCCACCCUACGUUAAACCCGUUUGGGAUCAUCCCUCAUGGACCAAACAUCGAUUACUCUUCGCCUCAUGACCGCGACAGAUUCUCCUCCUGAAAAAGACCAAACAUCAAAGGUCAAUGUUUAUCACCUGUCCUAGAAAUAAAAAAGCUUUCAAAGAAACAUGUCUCUUUGUAUUUCAACUUUAAAGUCAAUAAUAUACUUGUGUGUGUGUGUGUGUGUGUGUUGCAACUCAUGUUACAUCUGAAUUUUGCAAAUUGAUUGUAUGUUUCGAGAUUAGUUUUAAAGUCAAUAAUACUUGGAUAUGUUGCAAGUCAGUAAA